AUGUCUAGUGUCAGCAUGGCCAGUCUGGCAAACAGACUGCAGAAACUGUGCAUAAACAGUCCGUACAGCAAAGAGGUCUGUUAUGAUCGGGCACUGAGAGAAGCUAUUGCUAGUGAGGAUCAUUUCAUGGAGGUAGAAGUACUGAAAAGUCUUGGAGACCUGCGUCUUGAGAAAGCCAAGCUCAGUAAAGAUUCAGCAGAGUUUGACAAGGCUGCUGCCCUGUAUGCUGCUGCCUUACUGCGCUGCAAAGAUCCAGAUGUAGGUGAAACGGUAGAACAUCGUAUCCGCUACAUGGAGAAACUCUCCAGACAACUGCUGCAGGGGUACAGUCCACACUAUCAAUCACCAGACUACUGGGGUAGUGCUGACAGUAAUGUCUUAAGGGUGGCUGAAACAUGCCUCAAAUUGGAAAGAAGUGUCAGAAUAUCCUGGCACUCCCUUGAGGUGACUUACACAAAAACACUGGUAACAGCAAUUGAGAACAGUGACAUGUUCUUGGAGUUAGAGGUUCUAAAAUCUCUUGGAGAUUUCUACCUUGAGAAAGGCAAGAAAACCUCUGAUGUAUCCCAGUUCUCCAAGGCAGCUGCCAUGUACAACAAGGCCCUGACAACAUGUGGGGAUCCUGAGGCAAAACUGACUCUGCAACAUCGUGUCAAGUACGCAGAAAAGACCAAAGAAGCUGCAACACAGGAAGGGGACUCCUCCCUUGCCAGAUCAGACCUGGACUCAGCAGAGCAGCACUUUGCAGCUGCACUCAAGACAGUACAUGUUAAAGACCCCACAGCUCAGCAGUACCAGAGAGAGGUGGAGCCCCUGUGCAAGUUGGGGGAUGUCUACAGUAAGCGAGGUCAGCAGACAGGAGACGGGGGAGACUUUGUCAAAGCAGCAGCACUCUACAAUGCAGCAAUAGCCAGGUCAGAGGAUCAAGUCCUCAAUGGUAACAUAGCUAUCAAAGACGUAGAAAAGUCAUUUCUCAAAUGUAUCCUAGACAAGCAUAGCAAUUUUAACCAAGAUGACAAAGAAAAACACAAGAAACAGCUGAAGGAGAUGCGGGACCAGAGCAAGCUGGAGAUGGAAACCAUUGACCAGCAGCUGGAUCCCUAUGUACAUGAUGAGGAUGACCCAUGUGUCAGAGAGAUAGAGGCAAAACGAGCUCAGGCUGUCAGGCAGUUGUUUGAGAAAAUUGCACAACAAAGGAAGGAGUUCAUCAGCCUGCUUGUAGAAGAGUGUAUUGGGUUAAUGGGUCCCCCUCCCUGUAAGUAUGCCCUGAUAGGUUUGGGUUCACAGGCCACAGGACUGGUAACUCCAUACUCAGACCUGGAGUUUGCCAUCUUGGUAGAAGAAAAAAGUGAAGUAUGUCUUGUGUAUUUCCGUAACCUCACCCACUAUCUACACCUCAAGGUGGUCAACCUGGGAGAAACCAUUCUCCCAGCACUGGGAAUAAAAUCUCUCAAUGACUACUCUGAGAAUCCACUUGACAACUGGUACUAUGACUCUGUUACACCACGUGGGUUUGCAUUUGAUGGCUCCAUGCCAAAGGCAAGCAAGACUCCACUGGGCAGGCAGGGAACUAAGAACAAACCACCCAGUGAACUCAUCUGUACACCAGAAAACAUGGUCUCAAUACUACAAAAAGAUGUCGCAUUGUAUCUGAAGGAAGGAUAUCACCUGGCCAGUAUCUUGAGAAACCCAUGCCUGAUAGCAGGGGACCAGGAUUUGAUUGACACAUACAUGGCCAUCACAGGGAAGAUACUGCAAGCUGAUGGGGGUAAAAUGGCUCAACAACUGGCACAGGAGACACUGAAGGAAAACAAUGACAUCUACAAAGAUCUGCGAUCAUUCACAGCAAGACUAGUUGAUGUAAAGAAAGACAUCUAUCGCUUCCCAGCGGUAGCUGUGGACUGCUUGGCACUGUCUUCAGGCAUCAUACCUACCACAGUCUGGGAGACAAUAGAAGAAAUGGAAAACCAACAAGUGAUCAGUCCCAACAAUGCACACCACCUGACAGUGCUUACCAGCAUCUCAGCAGAACUCAGGCUCAGAACAUACAUCGCAAAUGGUGGACAGAAGGAAAACCUGUCAGCUAUGGCCUCAAUUGAAACAGAACAGCAUGGACAGGAAUCAUCCAAACAGACCAAUGAAGUACAAACAAACACACUAAAACAGAUAUUUUAUCUUCCAAAUGAAAAGCAGCUUUUCAGAUACUAUCACACAGCACUCUUUCUUAAAUAUCUUUUCUUAAAAUGGUUUGAACAAAAAGUGUUUCCAACUUCAUUCCCUGAUUUCUAUGCUACCUCUGCAACAAUGAAAGCAAUGAUGUACGAUGUACUGUGCAAAUAUGACCAGGCUGUCAGCUGCUACCAGGAAGCUCUGAAGGAAGCUGAUGAAAAGGAGAAAAUUGAGCUGCUCAACAGGCUUGGAGAGGCCUGGCAGAGUCUGGGUGAUUACAGAAAAGCAAUCAGCUACUUAGAACAGGCAAUGCUGGUGGACAAGAGUAUCUACAGCCAGGAUACACCACAUCCUGAAAUUGCCAACUCACUCAGAUACCUGGGGUCAGCCUGGCACCACCUGGGUGAUCACAGAAAAGCAAUGAGCUACUUUGAACAGGCACUGCAGAUGUACAGGAGCAUGUACGGUCAGACUACACCACAUCCCAAUAUUGCCAGCUCACUCAACAACCUGGGGGUAGCCUGGCACCACCUGGGUGAUUACAGAAAAGCAAUCAGCUACCUUGAACAGGCAUUGCAGAUGCACAGGAGUAUCUAUGGUCAGACUAAAGCACAUCCUGAUAUUGCCAUGUCACUCAACAACCUGGGGGUAGCCUGGAGUAACCUGGGUGAUUACAGAAAAGCAAUCAGCUCCGUUGAACAGGCACUGCAGAUGCACAGGAGUAUCUAUGGUCAGACUAAAGCACAUCCUAACAUUGCCAUGUCACUCAACAACCUGGGAACAGCCUGUAGCAACCUGGGUGACUACAGAAAAGCAAUCAGCUACCAUGAACAGGUACUGCAGAUGGAGAGGAGUAUCUAUGGUCAGACUAAAGCCCAUCCUGACAUUGCUACCUCACUCAAUAACCUGGGGGGAGCCUGGCAUAACCUGGGCGAUUACAGGAAAGCUAUCAGCUACCAUGAACAGGCGCUGCAGAUGUACAGGAGUAUCUAUGGUCAGACUAAAGCACAUCCUGUCAUUGCCACCUCACUCAACAACCUGGGGGGAGUCUGGCAUGACCUGGGUGAUUACAGAAAAGCAAUCAGCUACCUUGAACAGGCACUGCAAAUGUGCAGGAGUAUCUAUGGUCAGACUAAAGCACAUCCUGACAUUGCUGGCUCACUCAACAACCUGGGAUCAGCCUGGCAUGACCUGGGUGAUCACAGAAAAGCAAUCAGCUACCUUGAACAGUCACUGCAGAUGCAGAGGAGUAUCUAUGGUCAGACUACACCACAUCCCAACAUUGCUACUUCACUCAACCGCCUGGGGUCAGACUGGUACCAGCUGGGUGAUUACAGAAAAGCUAUCAGCUAUUUUGAACAGUCACUACAGAUGCGCAGGAGUAUUUAUGGUCACACUAAAGCACAUCUUAACAUUGUCUACUCACUCAACAACCUGGCGUCAGCCUGGUACCGCCACCAUGACCACAGUAAAGCCCUCAGUCUCUGCCAAGAAGCCUUGGCUAUGGCAAGACAGGUUUUCCCUCAAAACAGAAGCCAUCCACUGAUAAAAAACAUUGAACAGAGCCUGGCAAAUAUGAUCCAUGCAAAGAUAAGAAAAUAGUGUUUUAAGAAUCUUUAGACCUUUUGUUAGUAAUAGUUAAUAUGUAGUAUUUUUAAAUAAUUAUUGGAACAGUGCAAUGUUUGCAUUACAGUACAAAAUGUAUGUCCUGACCUAAUGUAUGGAUUUCUGAUGAUCAAAUUUACAUCAAUUCCAUACAUAGAAUUGAAUAACGACAAUCUAGAAAGGUACCAUUUGCAAAAUGGAGGAGGAAUUGUUAACCUUCACAUGGUUUAGUCUUUCAUUUUCUGCUCUGUUUACUCUUACUCAAACAAAUUCAUAAUAUAUACAUGGUGACCAGCCCCUCCAACUCUGUCCUGCUAUCACAUAAUGUAACCCAACACCACAGGGUGUCUGCUACAGCACCAGUUACCAUGGUGACAGACGUCUGGUCCAGAUCACCGACCUUAUUUGUUCGGGCAAGAAGAUGAGGAAGCAGAAACUGAGCAAAAACAAUGUUUUACUUCUACAAACUUAAGG